ACUCGCGGGAGCGAGAUCUGCUUCCUUCGGCUCCGCAGAGCAGCCAGGUGAGCGGGAGGGGGCGCCUCACCUGGCUCAGGUACGGGACGGGAAGUACCUGUUGCUUUGGGGGGAUCACGUGCCUCGGAGGAGGAGGAGGAGGAGGCGGCGCUGUCGUCGUUGCGGGAGAGUCACGGCUGGGUUCAGAGCCAGCUCUCCAGCCCAGAAGGUGCUUUCGGCCGACAGGUAAAGAAAGUGGCAAACAAGGACUUUCUUGCAGCAGAAGAACUACCUGGAGUAUUUGGGAAGUUGCUGCAAUACAGACAGAAGUUAGUGCCAGCUGCUUCUCUCCGGCGGCAGUGGGGAAUUCCUUCCCUUAUCCUGCCCCUCUCCUGGCUGGAGAGGUGGGCAAUGGCCGGUUCUGGACACCUUGCACUCCUUCUGACAGUGUCUCUCCAAUCCCUUUGGCUUCCUGCAUGGGGUCAGGAUUCCUCCAAUGGCAACAGCACAGCCGGGCCCACGUCGGUGCUAACCACUUCUUCCAAAGGCCUCUCGAAGGCGGAACUCGACGCUGCCAUAGCCGUGCCUUGUGUUUUUCUAGGACUCUUGCUAAUUGGCCUUUUGGUUUUCAUGGGACUCAAAAUUCGGGAGAAGCGCCAGACAGAAGGGACCUACCGGCCCAGCAAUGAGGAGCAAGCAGGGCCCCGUAUGGAACCACAGACCAACCUCAAGCUGCCUCCGGAAGAACGACUUAUCUGACAGAGGAGGGAAAAGGGACUCUCCUUGGACAAAAGCUGCUUAGCACACUGGACUAAAGAAAAAAAAUAAAGACUGAGAAUGGACCUGUGAAAUUGGAAGAUCCCUGGUGUGGUUGGCAGCAUUCCCAUCUGGCUGGCUAGCUAUGAAUAGCUGUCGGUGGAGACUUUCCAAAUACCAGAAACGAAAGAGCUGUGAUGAUGGGUGGAGAUGCAAGGUGGGAUCCUGCUCUCUGCACCCAGAAAGGAAAGGAUGCUAUGGGAACAGAACAUGCUGGCUGGGAUACCUUCUGUUUGCACUGUCCUCCAGGACAAGUCGUGGUCAUCUUCCUAGAAUAGAGUUGAUGGCGCAGCCAGUAGGGGAAAGGUCGGUCUUUCUGAAGAGAGAAGAAGGAUUGUGGCUUUGGGGUAGGAAGCCUGCUGCCUUGGCCCAACCGAUGGAUUCUGGGAGGGGACUUGCCUUUCAAGGGUUUUUUUUAACGUGUGUGCUGGUUGCCCUCUGCCUUUAAGAAUGCCACUUUCUAAUAAAAUCCAAUCUCCCCUUUUUUUUGACGAGGGGGAAAAAAAUGGCACCAUUUGGUGAACUGUGUGGUGGGAGGAGGGGUUGAUGCCCUCAGUCGCUUGGUGGGAAGUUUAUUCUGAAAUGAUCUAAAUCAGUGUUUCUCAACCUUGGCAACUUGAAGAU